CAUUGCCACACGCACACAAGCAAGGGAAUAAAGCACCCAAAAAGAAACCAGCCGCCCGCAUCCCGGAUGAUAAUGUUGUUGGAUCAAUUUCACAUAUUCUGUUGGUAAUUCACUCAGGCGAAAGUAAGCUGCACUAUCAUCGUCAGCAACUACCCAGAGCCAUACUUGCCGCCAGCGUUAUCAUCUACCCUCGCUACUCGCUAGAAAAAUACAAAAAAUACGGCCACAUAGCUUCCGAGAUUUACUGCAUAACCAUCAUCUAGCAGAGAAACACCGUACUGUGUAACUAUGGCGAAUAUGGCAGUAUCCCGUAUCAAAAGAGAGUUUAAGGAAGUUCUUAAAAGUGAAGAGAUCACACAAUGCUCUAUUAAGUUGGAAAUGGUAAAUGACAACUUUACGGAACUGAGGGGCGAGAUUGCUGGACCACCCGACACGCCAUACGAAGGAGGAAAGUUUGUGUUAGAAAUAAAGGUCCCAGAAACGUACCCUUUCAAUCCUCCCAAGGUGAAAUUUGUGACAAAAAUAUGGCAUCCUAACAUCUCGUCUGUGACUGGUGCGAUUUGUCUCGACAUACUAAAAGACAAUUGGGCAGCUGCGAUGACCCUGCGGACGGUAUUGCUAUCAUUGCAAGCACUGCUGGCAGCUGCUGAGCCGGACGAUCCGCAGGAUGCUGUCGUUGCUACGCAGUACAAAGACAACCACGAAAUGUUCAUCCUGACGGCAAAGCAUUGGACCAACGUGUAUGCAGGUGGUCCGUUUGCAAAUGCCGAUUUUGAUCAGAAGGUUCAACGAUUGCGUGAUAUGGGUAUCCCGGCGUACGAUGCCCGAGCCGCCCUUUCCCGCCACAACUGGCAUCUGGAACGUGCAUCUGAACAGCUAUUCAGUUAGUCUCUUUGUGGGUAAUGUUCGACCUCCCCGCCCCAUACUCGAUGUUUUUAUUUGUGUUUUCCUUUGCAAAUGACGUGUUUUUUUUUUCUCGUAGCCAGGGUAUUCCUUUUUAAAUACAGAAAUGUGCGUUUUGGCGAAGUUUUAAAUUAAACCGUUCUCUUAAUGAUCCAAAGUUUGGACCGUUGGAAACAUUAGCAACUGAGACAAAUGUUACAUGUUUUGUGAUAUCAUCAAUCAGUAACCUUCGGUAAGUUUUUGUUUUCUGCUGGAAUACACAAAUACAGAACCACCGUCAUUUCGCAACCGAGGAUUGUUUUUCCAUAAUGUAUGUAUACUAUACUAUCAUAAAAGAAUGGAUCGAAACCAAGCAAAUGAGCAAUACAUGGCUUACAACGUGAAAAGACAGCUUAAAUUAUAUUGCGUUGGUGCAAAGAUAACUAUUAGUGGUUGUUAGUAUGAGGAAUCGUA